AAAUACCUCAGAAUGUGCUCAUUGGGAGUUUCGGACUUCAGUCACGUGAUAUCACGUGGCUGACUGCGGCCAGUUGCCUCUUUCAAAAACUUUGGAAACGCGUCUCGACGCGAGGGGUGUCAACAAUCAAGAAUUGGAAGAGCAGCGACGAACGACGAGUCAAGGAGUUAUAUGAUAAUCUAUUUGUUUUGUGAAGCGAAAUAUAUACAUACACGCGCUAUAUUUCAGUCAGAGAGAGAAUAUGGCGACCGACGAUCGCGAUGCCGAGAUCGACGAUCUUAUCGACAACCUCGACCGCGACUACCGAUUCCGCAGCGGCGCGCCCACAGCCCAACGACCAGGCAGUUCGAAAACACGCGAGUAUGAGAAAGAACAAGACUUUGCGAAACUAGUGCGUCUCUGGAUCUCGGAGCGGACGUGCCCGGACAUCCUACCCUACGACGAACAGCUUAUGAACAGUCUGACGGACCGGCUGCGCGAGCAGGUGGAGUUUAUCGAGAUGGCGACGGCGGAUCCGGAGGUCGCGAGCCAGAGUAAGCUCAAGUUGCUGCUGGUUGAGUCGGAGUUGGAGAGAAUCAAGUUUCUGGUUCGCGGGUAUGUGCGGGCUAGGCUGCACAAGAUUGAUAAAUACUACAUGUAUCUAUCCACAGACGACUCUGACGUCCGGCAAAAGCUCUCUGUAGCUGAGCAACGCUUCGUCGUUCGACGAGCAACACAGUUAAAACGGCUAUACGACCAACGCUUCCUCUCCAACUUCAAGAGCACCCCCAAAAUCCAGCGCCUAGACGACAACUCGCCGAUCCUACAGAUGGUCGACCAACCAGACCUAGACGACGUCAUCUUCAUCCGUGUACUGAAAGAUAUUCCCGGAGAGGUGGUUAUCAACAAAGAAGACUCGAUCGAGCUAAGGAAAGGGAAUAUCUAUGUCUUGCCUUAUAUAACAAUCAGGAAAUUUAUCGCGGCUGGAGAGGUCGAGUUUGUGUAAUAUAUCAAGUUAAUAAACCAUACACUGAGAA